AUGAUCCACUUUGAAUGUGUGCAAUACUUCGAUGCCCACAGCCUUGACACAAAUGCCCAUGCCGAUUUCUGCCGGUGGUCCAAUCGCAAGGCUUCGCGCGAGUCUACCUACACCUAUAUAAAGGACAAAGACGGCACUGACCUGCCCUCGCCUUUAGGACGGGAACCCAUACGCACCCGACAUACGCCCACAGGUUCACCCAAGUCAAGAACUGUCAGUCCUCGAGUGUCUCCCGCCAAAUCACUCGACCCCAAUGUUAAGGAUAG